CAGUAAAAUAUGCAGACGUCUCAGUUCCUGUUUGAAACAAGCUGCUUUACCGAGAAAGGAGAUGUGAUGUGAGACGUUUGUGACCUGUCCUGGUUCAAUCCUCUGUACCUGAAGCAUGGGGCAGCUACUGCUGCAGCGAUGGCUGUGGGCUGUGAUUUUCCUGGGCUCAUCUGUCCCUAAUAUCGAGUCCUCUGAGUACAACCCAUUUCCUGGCAUCACCGAUAAGAAGUUCAUCGACGACUGUGUGAGGAUACACAACGACAACCGAUCCUCUGUGAAUCCACCAGCCAGAAAUAUGCUCUACAUGACGUGGGAUGAGGGCUUGGCCAUCACUGCAAGGGCCUGGGCAAGACACUGUGAUUUCCAGCACAACAUCUACCUGAAAGAGGUCAGACGGGUCCACCCUGUCUUCUCCUCCGUGGGAGAGAACAUCUGGGCAGGGUCCCCGCCGUCCACGUUCUCCGUCAUGCAGGCCAUGGAUUUAUGGGUCAAAGAAGUGAACGAUUACUCAUACCAAAGCAAUGCGUGUAAACCAAGGAAAAUGUGUGGCCACUACACACAGGUUGUUUGGGCGACGAGCUACAAGGUUGGUUGCGCCGUCCAAAUAUGCCCAAAUGGCGUCGACAGGACUUCGUUUUCUGAUAAAGAGGGAGCCAUAUUUGUUUGUAACUAUGCCGAAGCGGGAAACGUGGUUGAGAUGUUACCAUACCAGAACAGGUUGGAAGAAUGCAGCUCUUGUGAGGGCGCAAACAAUCAAUGCCAGGCCAAGCUCUGCCGUGAGUCUGUCAGCUACCAUUUCCCACACCCAAUAAAAUAAGAUGCAGGACAACCCUGUGAUGACAAUCCAAAACGAGAUGAACAGAAAAGUUACAGAUGGACCCCCGACUGGGACCCCACCCUGGCCACCUGUGGCCCCUGCUGCAUGGCCAUAUUGGCCAUCCGACCCCUGGCCCUUCUCCUCACCUUUGUCGCCGCAUUUGGAGUACACAGACUGUACCCAAGCAUAUUUUUUUACGAAUAGCUGAGAGGUUUAGAUUAAUUGACCUGCACUGUUCUCAUUGUUGUCAUGGCUUUCUCAAUGUGGUCCUGCAGAGCCUCAAACCAAACUCCCAUUGUGGUACAAUAAAGUGAACUACUACUAAAAUGUA